AGAUGGCGGCGUAGAUUUGAGCUGUAUAGAGUUUCUCUGUGAAUUAGAAACUUUUCAAUGAGUAUUUCAAGCGGAUAAGCAGAAAUAUUUAUGUCUUGUUUGCUGCUUCUUCGGUGGGACGCUGUAAAAUGAGCGGCUGGGCUGGUUUUUCUGAUGCGGAGCUGCGGAGGAUGCAGCAGAAAGACUCGGUUGUAUCUGCAGCAGCAGCUCGUGGUCGGAAGCCGGCUCCUACGAACCGAAGUCGGCAGCAGCUGCAGCGGGAGAAAGCUCUGCAGCUCGUCACUCAGAGGGAGGCAGUAACCGGGUCGGCUGGUCUUCCACCGGAGCAACAACUCACCAAACCUCCGCCCAAGGAAGAGCCUCAGCCCGCGGCCCCGGCAGGAGCUCCAGCUGCCGAACAGCAGCGUCCCAGCGAGAUGAAGCCGGACGCAAAACAUGAGGCGGCUCCAGAGGAAGACAGCGUCGCUGUCAAAGAGCUGGAGAAACAAGAGGUGGAACUGCGGGAGAAGACGCGUCUGGAGCAGCUGCAGCAAGAGCAAAAAAUAAUCGAAGAGAAGAAUAAACGCAAGAAAGCUCUGCUGACAAAGACCAUCGCUGAGAAAUCCAAACAGACUCAGGCUGAAGCCGUGAAGCUGAAGAGGAUCCAGAAGGAGCUUCAGGCCCUCGAUGACAUGGUGUCCAACGAUAUCGGCAUCCUGAGAGGAAAGAUAGAGCAGGCCAGCUGGGACUACUCGACCGCAAGGAAGCGCUACGAAAAGGCCGAGGCCGAGUACGUGACGGCAAAGCUGGACCUGCACCGGAAGACGGAGGUGAAGGAGCAGCUGACGGAGCAUCUCUGCGCCAUCAUCCAGCAGAACGAGCUGCGCAAAGCCCACAAGCUGGAGGAGCUGAUGCAGCAGCUGCAGCUCCAGGCCACCGAGGAGGAGCUGGAGAAGCUGAGGAAGGAGGAGGAGGAGGAGGAGGAGGAGAAGAGGAGGAGGAGGAAUGCUGUGGAGGUGCAGAAAGAAGAAGAAGGAGGGAAAGAGGGAAACAGUUUGUUGGAGAAUCAGAAGGGAGCGAUGCAAUCAAGUAAAGACACAGAGAAGGAGGAGAAGGAGGUGGAGGUGGAGGUGAAGGAGGAGAGGGGAGGUGCUGCCGUCCAGGAGGAGCAGCAGCAGGCGACUGUGGAGGCGCCGAAAACCGAAGACGACUGUAAAACACUAGAAAACUGUGAGCAGAGUGUGAGCGAAGCCUCCUGACGCUCGUCACCUGCUCCGUGGAAACGUCACAUUCAACACUAACGCUCAUGUUUUCCUCCGUCACUGAUCACAUGUGUUUGAUGCUCAACAGCUGGAUCCACACAAACCACAUCCUCCUCCUCCUCCUCCUCCUCCUGCUAAACGCCUCCUCUCUGUACCAUUAUAUCCUGGAUUAUGUUCAGUGCAAACACGUUUAGCUUGAUUUUAUUUAUUACGUUUUUUUUUAUCCUGGAUGAUUCAGGAUUUUUUAAAUUUGAUUCGACACUAAUUUUGCUCAUUAAAUCAAGAAAAGACACAGACACUAAAAACUAAAGCGUCUCAAAUCCUCACAUCUUAUAAAACCCCCAAAAAUCUGAAUGAGAUGAGCUAAAGUUUAAUGCUCAGGAAAAUCUAUUGUUUUUACUAACAUUGUUCAGUUUGGAGGAAGGACUGGACUGAUUUUUAUUUUUUUAAUUCCUGCAGCGUCUUGGUUCAUUCAUCAGUUCUGUUUUUUCAUUUUCUAACUUAAAGUCUGUUUCUGUUCUUGUCGUUUUCUCUCACUCACUUCUCACAUUUAUCUUUUGACCAGGAGUCGAAGAAUCAGUUCGUCGCUGUUUGCAGAAAAGCUCAUUAUUUUAUUAUCAUGUUUAAAAGAAAUUUAUUCAGAUUAUUAUUUUUUAAAAAGUGCAGUAACGUUGUUAAACUUGUUCUUCCUCGGGGUGAGUCUGUAGUUUAGUGUGAAACCGUCUCUACCUGCAGGAGUUUCUCUCUGUGGGAAUCAGAGGAGAAUCUUCCAACACUUUAUUCUCCUCUGGCUGCUUUUCAUUCGCUUCUCCUUCCAAACAUGUGGGUUUGCAUCAUAUCUGAGAGAGAAAAGGCUUGAAUUCAGAUCUGUUCUGGUGCUGUUUACUUCCUGGAGACGCGUCCUGACCGUGUGUUGUCUGAGGCUGAGGAGCUGCUGGGCCUCCAGGACGGUAAGAUGAUCUCCGGUCUGUUUCUGCUCCUGCACGUGGAAUAACAUGUCAAUAAUGUAAAUGUAAAGGUUAAUGUGGGCUCUGCCGAACGUAUUUAAACCGUCUGAGUGUUCACGUUCGACCACAGUGUGAUAUUUUACUACAAUAAAGCCUCAGAUAUUUCCA